CAAAGAUGGCGGCUGCUAAGUUCGACUCUAAAAACCUGGAGAUUAAAACCAAGUCCAUUGAGCAGACGUUGGUACCGCUAGUUACGCAGAUUACAACUUUGGUGAAUCAUCGAGAGAAACCCAAGAAAUCAGAAAAGACGUGCAAAGCUGUAUUGGAAGUUGGUAAAGCUGUGAAUAUAGCUGUAAAUCGAUUCACCGCAGUUGGUAAAGCCAUCGCAAAUGAUAACCCUGAUAUUAAAGAUGAAAUGGUGGAUGCAUGUAAAGAAGCCACCACGGCAGGUCAGAAUAUAGCUAAACUGACAAAUAUCCAGUACGAUGACAGCGGACAACCCAUGAACUUUACAGAGAAGAGUUCAAUGGUACGGGCAGCUAGGGGACUUCUUUCAGCAGUUACGAAAGUCUUACUUCUUGCCGACCGAGUUGUGGUUAAACAGUUACUUAAAGCAAAAGAUAAGGUUGAUAGUAGUCUGUCCAAACUAGAGUACGUCAGCAAUUUUACAGAUUUUGUGCAGGCAUUUAGUCAGUUUGGAAGUGAAAUGGUAGAACUAGCACAUCUUACAGGGGACAGACAAAAUGAUCUUAAAGAUGAGAAACAUAGAGCUAAGAUGGGUGCAGCAAGAGCUGUGUUGGAGAAAUCUACCAUGAUGCUAUUGACUUCUUGUAAGACUUCGCUUCGUCAUCCAGAUUGCGAGUCUGCCAAGGAGAAUCGCGAUGGCGUGUUUAGUCAGAUGCGAAGAGCAUUAGCGAUGAUACAGUCCAUAGUGACAGAUGAAUACCCAUCAAGUCUUAACGGUCCAGCUUCUCAUCUUAUUAUGCAUAAUAUACUUAAAGAUUUCACAGAUCUUGUUGAGUCAUCAAGAGUAACACAGGUUGAUUCUUCCAGCAGAGACAAGUUAGUUCGUGCCUUACAUAACAUUAUUGACACUACACAAGAUUUCACGGAUUCUGCCUAUACUUCUCAUGAACACAGGGAAAAGAUUUUGUCUUACUGCGACAAAGCCAAAAUGGAAUUACAUAAUUUAGCAAAACUAGGAGUAGCAAUUGAGAAGAAUGAUUGUCGGCAUCCAACUGAAGACUUAGAAAAAUCCAUUAUUAAAAUGUGCAGAAUAACACUAGACCUUAAGAAACAGGUGCAAGAUACAGCCUUAGAUCAAGCUUCCGAAAUCUUCCAGAAUAACGAAGACCAUGAUAUACUGGGCAUGUUGAAAAAUAGUGGAGUGGCUGGCGAUGUGGACAAAGUGGAAGGGUAUUCUGUUAAAUUUAUAGAACAUUCUGAACAAUUACAAGAGGCAUGUCGACUAUUAAGGCAUAUAUCUGGAAGUGCACCUUUACAAAUAUCAGCAGAACAUGCAGAGAACAAUAUGAAAUUACUCGGCCCACAGACUGUAUCAGCGGCUCAGACACUAGCUAUUAAUCCUACUAGUAAAAUUGCCAAAGAAAACUUGGAUGUUUUUUCUGAAGCAUGGGAACAGCAAAUCAACGAUCUCUCUGUAUUGGUGAAAGAAAUCAAUGAUGUCUGCCAAGGGAAGUCAUGUGAAAAGCAAGUGUAUCUUUCACUACCUAGGCCAGGGAAACAUGGAACGACUUUGAAGUCAGUCUCAGUCAAGCCUGUGAAGCUAGACCCAGAGGAACAAGCUAAAAUUGCCAAGGCAGGGCUGGAAAUGAAACUGAUGACAUCAGAGUUAGAUGCAGACGCUGAUAAAUGGGAAGAUACUGAGAAUGAUAUUGUGAAGAGAACCAAGAAUAUGUCCAGUAUGGCGUAUUCUAUGUAUUUAUUUACUAGAGGUGAAGGACCUUUGAAGACAACACAGGACCUUUUCACACAAGCUGAGUACUUUGCAGAAGAAGGCAACAAAUUAUACAGAACAGUGAAAGAUUUCUCAUUCCAAGUGCCAGAGGGCAGUCACACGAUAGAACUAAUGUCCAGCUUAGAGAAGAUACCGACGUAUUGUCAGCAGCUUCACUUUACAACCAAGUCACCCACCACAGGAAAGAUAGCCACAUUCACAAAGGUUGAUAGUACCAUUAAUGAAACAAAGAAUCUCAUGGCGGCCAUAUCAAGGGUUAUUACAAACUGUUAUUAUCUGGCAACCACGUAUAACUUGACAGUGGCUAACUCACCUAUCAGACAGUGGCGUGGCCCACCCCCACCAAUUAUGAACAUGCAUAUGAAUAACGACGACACAGAAUCCGUUAAGAGCCAUUACAGUACGCACUCAGAAGGAAGCCUAAUGCGUUCCACGGCAUUGCACAACAAACCAAUGACAAGCUUUGGUGCGUUUGAAAGAAUAUAACAUUGCAUUGUGGUUAAUUGUAUUUUAUAGGGGACUGGGUAAUUCAGAUUGUAUAUUAAAAGAAAAUGCUGAUGCAUUAUGGGAAAGUGAUAUUUCAAGGGGAUGGGGUGUACACAGGAGUUUGGGUUUAUGGUAAGAUUAACUUUAUUGAGUUUAAAGCAUUUUACAACUCUUCUACAAACCAUUACAGCAUGUAUAUGUACAUUGAAUUUAAAAUUGAAAUACUAAU